AUGUUGGACCACCCCCCUUCAGUUGUAUCUGUCUCAGUAUCAAGAAUGUCAGUAAACAAGGUUUCUGGUUUUUGUGGAGAAAUUACAGUGUAUCCAUUUUUAGAAUUAACGUGCACAAUCUCUAUCUCAUUGGUGUUAUCAACACCCAAUUCUAAGUAUGGUGUUUUUCCAUUUAAUAUAAAUGAGA